AUGCAGAAGAUCAAGUCCCUAAUGGCCCGCCAGGGCCUGAAAAGUCCUCAGGAGAACAUGCCGGACCUCAGCCCCGUGGAGAGCAUGCGGAUCCCCAGUCAGGAGGAGAUGCGUGAGCUGAGGGAGCAGCCGCUGGACCAGGCCGCAGAGCAGGAGAUCAUCAACAGCAUAGAGGAGGUCUACUUCUCCUCAGACUCUUUCGACAUGGUGCAGUAUGAACUCGAGAAGCUGCCCCCGGAGCUGAGCCUCCUGGAGCUGGAGCAGCACAGGGACAAGCUGAAGAGGCAGCAGGCAGCAGUGUCUAAGAAGGUGGCAGACCUAAUCCUGGAGAAGCAGCCUGCCUAUGUGAAGGAGCUUGAAAGGGUGACCUCUCUGCAGACCAACCUCCAGUUGGCAGCGGUCAUCUGCACCAAUGCCCGAAGGCAACUAGGCGGAGCUAAGGAGGGUUUCACUGAGGCCUGUCUAGGCCUGCUGGCCAAUCAGAGGAGGAGGCAGCUGCUGACCGGUUUGCUCUCAUCCCUGAGGACCAUCAAGACCUUGCAAAGAACUGAUGUACGGCUCAGUGAAAUGCUCGAGGAGGAGGACUACCCAGGAGCUAUUCAGCUGUGUCUGGAGUGUCAGAGAGCCGCCAGCACCUUCAAGCACUACAGCUGCAUCAGUGAGCUCAACUCCAAACUACAGGACACACUGGAGCAGAUCGAAGAGCAACUGGAUGUGGCUCUGUCCAAGACCUGUAAGCACUUUGACGUGCUCCACUACACAAAGGUGCAGAGAGCCUACGCCCUGCUGGGGAAGACUCAGAUGGCCAUGGACCAGUUGCACAUGCACUUCACCCAGGCCAUUCACAACACGGUGUUCCAAGUAGUGCUGGGAUACGUGGAGCUGUGUGCCGGAAACGCAGACACUAAGUUCCAGAAGAUGCAGUACAAGGACCUGUGUACGCACAUUACUCUGGACAGUUACAUUCCCUGUCUGACAGACCUCUGCAAGGCAUUAUGGGAAGUGAUGCUAAGUUACCACUGCACAAUGGAGUGGCACGAGGAGCACGACAAGCAGGAGGGCACUUCAGGGGAUCUUCCAGAGGAGCCUGACGAGGGAGUGGACCGCUCGUACGUCAAGAAGAAGCUGGAGCACGGUCUGACGCGGAUUUGGCAGGACGUGCAGCUGAAGGUGAAGCCUUUCAUCCUGGGCACAGACAUGUCCAGCUUUAAGUAUGAUGACUUUAUCGUGGUGCUGGACAUCAUCAGCAGGCUGAUGCAGGUCGGGGAGCAGUUCUGUGACAGUAAAUCAGAGGUGCUCCAAGAGUCCAUCAAACGGCAGAGUGUCAACUACUUCAAGCACUACCACAGGGCACGUCUGGAAGAGCUGAGGAUGUUCCUGGAAAAUGAGACGUGGGAAUUGUGUCCGGUCAAAUCCAACUUCAACAUUUCCCAGCUACAUGAGUUUAAGUUCCUGUCCCAGUGCCGCUCUCCCUCUGUGUCCCCCAGCAAACAGAGCUCAUCGGGGGUGGUACCAGGAGGGGGAGGGCUGUUCCAGCUCUACCUCCAGGAAGGAAACCCAUUUGAGAUGCACUUGGAGCAGAAGGAGGAGGAGAGCGAGGACGUGCUGGCAUCUAACGGGUACGAGUCGGACGAGCUGGAGAAGAAUGUGUACCAGGAGUACGACAGUGACAGUGACGUCCCAGAUGAGCUGAAGCAGGACUAUGUGGACGAGAAGACUGGAGACGUCCCACUAAAGAGCGUCUCCCGGGAAACCAUCCGGAGCCGGAAGAGGUCUGACUACAACCUGAACAAGGCUAAAGUGCCCAUCCUGACCAACACCACGCUCAACGUCAUCCGCCUACUGGGGCGGUACAUGCAGAUGAUGAACAUCCUGAAACCCAUUGCCUUUGACGUGAUCCACUGUGUGUCGCAGCUCUUUGACUACUACCUGUACGCUGUCUACACUUUCUUCGGCCGCAACCACACGUACGAGGCGUCCGGGCUCGGCCUGAUCAGCAGCAGACUUCGCAGCACGUUGAACCGGAUCCAGGAAAGCCUCAUUGAUAUGGAGAGUGCAGAGGGAGCUGCUGUCAUCUCUGCGUCUGAGGAGCGGAAGGAGAAGGUGCCCAGUCCUCACCUGAGCCAGCACGUGGACCUCAGCUUGAGCAGCGGUCUCUUCGGCUUGGCCCAGCGAGUCGUGGCCACAGAGUCACUAGUGUUCCUGGCCGAGCAAUUUGAAGCUCUUCAGUCCCACCUGGACUCCAUGAUGCCCCCAGCCAAGAAGCCCUUCCUGCAACAGUUCUACUCCCAGACCGUGUCCACGGCCAGUGAGCUAAGGAAGCCCAUCUACUGGAUUGUGGCGGCUAAGGCUCUGGACUACGAGCAGAUGUUGCUGCUGAUGGCAGGUGUCAAGUGGGACAUCAGGGAGAUCAUGUCCCAGCACAACAUCUACGUGGAUGUGCUUCUCAAGGAGUUUGAGCAGUUUCACCAGCGCCUUACUGAUGUCUCCAGACACGUUCGCAUCCCACUGGCUGUGUCCAACGUCCUCUGGGAGCACUGCAUUCGGCUGGCCAACCGCACGCUGGUGGAAGGCUAUGCGAAUGUGAAAAAGUGCAGUAACGAGGGCCGCGCGCUCAUGCAGUUGGACUUCCAGCAGUUCCUCAUGAAGCUGGAGAAGCUCACUGACCUGCGGCCCGUCCCUGACAAAGACUUUGUGGAAACCUACAUCAAAGCAUACUACCUGACCGAGAGCGACAUGGAGCAGUUCAUCAAGAACCACCGGGAAUACUCCAUGAAGCAGCUUGCUAACCUGGUCAACGUGUGCCUGGGCUCACACAUAAACAAGAAGGCCCGACAGAAGCUGCUGGCCGCAAUCGACGACAUCGACCGACCCAAGAGAUAA